AUGGUGGUGUCGUCGAGAGCGAGUUGGGGGCCCUCCUGGGCCCCCGGCAGUCUGUACGGACUGAAGGCGGCAGCCCAGUUGCUGCUUGUGUUGGCUCUGUCGUUCUUCGUGGCUGCGCAUCGCGGCGUCGUGAGUGCUGCAGAGGUGGAGGUAGGUUUGCAGACAGAAAGUCAGGUGUAUUCGGAGGAUCAGAAGACCAAGGCUACAACUGACCAAAAGGCAGUGAUAGAUAGCGGGGUGGUUUCUCUGAAUGGAUCUUCUUACAGCGGCUUCAUGGCAGGGAAUCCCCUGACCCUAGUCAUGUUCUACGCGCCGUGGUGCUACUGGUCGCGCUCAGCUCUGCCGGAACUGGACGCAGCAGCGAAGCUGUUGUCGCACCAUGUGCCUCCUGUGGUCACUGCGAAGGUCGACUGUACCGUCAACGAAGACCUUUGCAACCAGGAAUACAUCCGGGAGUACCCGACGAUUCGGCUAUACGUUGAGGGUGUGGCACAUUUGUACGAAGGGCGGCGGUACAGAAGCCACAUUCUGCACUGGGUAGAUCUCAAGGUUGACCGUGACAAGCAGAUCACCUCUGCAGCGUAUUUAGAUGAGCUCGUCAGCAGCAGCAACAGCGAUGGUAAAGGCACCUCAGACGACGGACACGUCGUGGUAGUGGCGGCAAUCCCUCCGGAUUAUAACCGAGGGAGCUUUCAGGCAGUGGCGCGGGCCUUCGGGGAGGAGGUUCUGUUCGGUGAUACAGCAGACCCCGAGCUCACGACGAGACUGGUAGACAAACACGUCUUGCCACGCCUCCCUGAGAAGGAGCGCGGCAGCAGCGAGGUGUCUAGACAGCUGAAGCCACCCUUUGUUGUGGUGUUCGCACCCCACAAGGACGAGGCCGGGGUGCACAUCUACAAGGGCCCAGUAGGAGAGGUGAAGGAGCUGCGCGCGUUCGUGCGGCAGUGGCUGUUUCCCGUGGUGUCUCUAUUUGAUGCAGAGAGCAUCGGCAGCAGUUUCUUUAGUGACGUGCGGCCCAAGCUGCUGUUGCUGUUGGACUCGAACAAGCAUGAAGAGCAGCUGAAAGAGGUGGGGAACGUCUCACCGAAAGACCCUCUUGUUGCUGCCUUUCGCGCGGUGGCAGAGAAGCACCGGAUAUCUGUCGCCGCUGCUGUUUCGGGAAACAAAAAGAACUUUGAGAAGCAGCUCAUGAGCCUCCUCGGAAUCGAGGACGAGACGUUGCCCCAAGUGCGCAUCAUGCACGUCAGCCGCAACACUGAGGGGCCCCAACAUCCUGCAAAGAAAUUCCGUCCCCCUUCCCCUCUUCCCUCUCCAGAUCAAGGGAAGCAGGCGCUUGAAGAUGCGAUGGAUGCCUUUGUCUCGGGCGUGCUCUCGCAGACGCUGUCCCCGUAUUUCAGGUCCGAGACACCGCCGGAUACACCUGAACCCAGAGGCCGGAUUCGAACCUUAGUGGCCUCGACGUUUGCAACGGAAGUGAGGAAAGAAGCCAAUGUCCUUGUGGAGUUUUAUGCCCCUUGGUGUGGCUUCUGUAGAAAGAUGGAGCCUGCAUACAAGGAGCUCGCGAUGCGGGUCGCUGACGUAUCUGGCCUGCUGAUUGCACGCAUCGAUGCUACUCGGAAUGAAGUCGAUGGCGUUGCGAUCGCCGGAUACCCCACCCUUUACCUGUAUAGGAGGGGAGACGAGGAACCCCUGCUUUAUGCAGGAGACAGGAGCACACGAGACAUGCUCAGGUGGCUCAGCCUUCGAGUUCGGGGCGCUUCUCCCUUCGAUCCGGACGAACUGAUGAGCAGAGAUAUCGCAAACUCCAACGAAAAGGUCUCUGCUUCGGUCCUCGAGGAACUCUAA